ACAAUAUAAUUGCAAUAUAAUUGCAAUAUAAUUGUAAUAUUAUUGCAAUAUUAUUGCAACUAAUAUUAGGUAAUCGAUUUUAUGAUUGUAACUGAAGUUACAAGCAUGCUUUCAUUGGACUUUAUACUGCAGUGUAAGUGCGACCAGGCAGGUUUCUUCGGCGCACGUUAGACAUGGCUUGCAUGAGCCCAGCAAACCUGUCUGGCCACACAAGAUACCCGUGCAAAAAUAACAUAGUUAUUUAUAAGUAAAGACUCAUAAAAUUUUAUUAAUGGUGAAUAUAUGUGCAAUGAAACGAAAUUUUUUUAAUAGAAAGUACGAGAGAAGAACUUUACAUUUUACGGCUGAGUCUACUUCUUCUGAAGAGGAAAUUACUAAUAGUAGUUCUCAGUCCGACUGUAGCAAUACAGAUGAUAAUGUUAAUGAUGGUAGUUUUACCCAAGAGACAGAAGAAAUUGUAUCUAUAGUAUCUGAGGAAGAAAAUCAAAUUCUAGUAUCUGAGGAAGAAUCGAGUGCUUCCAUGUUUCAGUUCUUUAGUUCUAAUCCAUUUGAAUGUUCUUUAUUGGAUUCAAUUGUUAACAAAAAGUUUAUGUUUUUAACCUUGUUGUAUUUAAUGAUUAGCAAUUCAUUUACUGAAAUCGCAUUUGAUAGAUUUUUGAAGACUUUGCUGAUUUUUCGCUGUAUAAAUGACAUGCCGUCAUCUCAUAAAAUGAUUCGUAGAUUUGUUACUAAAAAUAUAUUCUCCCAUACUGAACCAACGCAUAAAUAUUAUUGUCAUAAUUGCUGCACAGCUUUAGUUGACACGUGUAAAAUAAAUACUCAUUGUUCAUCCCAUAUCUUUAUAUUGGAUAUCAUUAGCCAAAUGAAACUUGUUUUAUUUCUGAAUUUGGAUGCAAUUAAAUCAUAUCAAUUGGAAAUUAUGUCAGGUAAAAGAAAGAGUGAUUUUAUUUCUAGACCAAAUUUUGUUGAAAAUAUGAAGUCUGCAAAUGUUUUACAUAUUCAUUUAUUAAUGUCAACAGAUGGUGGAGAACCAUACACAAAAAAAAAGAUUACAAUGUGGCCAUUCCAUGCUAUUAUUUUAGAUUUACCAUCUUAUAAACGAUUCCUAUUUGAAAAUACACUACUUCUUGGUUUAUGGUUCUCAUUAUUAAAACCUAAUUGGAAUGCUUAUUUAAAGGAGUACAUCAAUGGAAAACUGUUUGAAACACCCCUUGAAAUUAACAAUAUCCAAGUAGUAAUUCAUAUUGUUGGUUUUGUUUUCGAUUUGCCUGCAGUGGCUUCAAUCAUCAAUCAUAAGCAGUAUAAUGGUGAAUUUGGAUGUCACUAUUGCGAACAUCCUGGUAGAACAAUUGAAAGAAAACAUGGUUCCGCUAGAAUUUAUUCACAUUCAGAUACAAAUUAUAAUCUUAAAACAUCUGAAAUGUAUGCCAUAUAUGCUAGAUUAGCCGAAAAAUCAAAAGUAUCUGUAUUUGGAAUUAAAGGCUCAAACAUCUUUAGUGACAUUUCAUUUAUUAAAGUGCCAGAUAUGAUACUUAUUGAUGUGUUACAUUUGUUUUACGAAAAUUGCUCAAAAAAGCUUUUUUAA